AUGGCCGACUCAACCCUAAACUUCGAAACCUUCUUCAACAUAGUCAAUGGCGAGAGCCGAGUCUCCGAUACCACGACAUUCAGCGUUGAUCCUUCCACGGAAUCCAAGCUAUGGAGUGUGCCCGUGGCCUCCAAGAAUGACGUGGAAGAUGCUGUUCGCUCUGCCAAUGAAGCAUUCAAGUCCUGGUCUACGACACCCUUUGAGGAGCGAGUGGGCAAGCUCGUUCAGUGGAGACAGCUUUACGAGCCAUACAUUGAGGAUUUCACCAAGCUACUAAUGGCAGAGUGUGGCAAACCCCGUGGCGUAGCAGCCGGCGAGGCGAACGAAGUUCUUGCUCUGUUUGAUCACAACGUGCAGCUUCGCAUUCCGGAAGAGAGGCUCGAAGACGAGAGCCGCAUCGCAAUCACUCGUCAUGUCCCUGUUGGAGUCGUCGCUGCUAUCUGCCCAUGGAAUUUCCCUCUCGUCUUGUCUAUUGGAAAGAUCCUGCCAGCUUUGCUGACCGGAUGUACGAUCAUUGUCAAGCCGUCGCCCUUCACGCCGUACUCGGCACUCAAAUUUGUUGAACUGGCGCAGCAAAUCUUGCCUCCCGGCGUCGUCCAAGCCAUUGGUGGCGAGGACUCUAUUGGCCCAGCGCUGGUUCAGCACCCCAAUGUCAACAAGAUUUCAUUCACGGGAUCCAGUGCAACUGGAAAGAGAAUCAUGGCUUCCGCAGCCGCGACACUGAAACGUGUGACUCUUGAACUGGGAGGAAAUGAUCCAGCAAUUGUCUACCCUGAUGUGGACAUCGAAAAAACUGCCCCUGAAGUGGCCAUGGGGUGCUUCGUCUUCUGCGGUCAAGUUUGCGUCGCCACCAAGAGAGUAUACGUCCACGAAAGCAUUUACGAGCCAUUCCUGAAGGCUAUGGUGGAUGCGGUCUCUCAAAUGGAGGUGGGCAAGGCUGACAGCCCUAGCACUGUACUGGGUCCGAUGCAGAACAAAAUGCAGUAUGACAAAGUCCAGGACCUGGUUGCCGAUACCAAAGCCCAGGGCUACAAAUUCGCUCUCGCUCCGCGUGCGAUAGAAGGAAAAGGCUACUACAUCUCUCCAAGCAUUGUGGACAAUCCUCCUCCGACCGCACGAAUCGUUGUGGAAGAGCAAUUUGGUCCAAUUGUGCCAGUCCUCAAAUGGUCCGAUGAAAAUGAUGUUAUCGCUCGCGCCAACGGAACGACUUCGGGCCUUGGCGCAUCCGUGUGGAGUGGAGAUGCUUCCCGAGCCGAGAAAGUAGCCAAGCAAAUGCAGGCUGGAAGUGUCUUUGUGAAUUCCUGGGCGAAAACCACGCCUCGGGCGAUGUUGUCUGGGCACAAAGAGAGUGGAAUCGGCGGUGAAUGGGGCUCUACAGGGUUCCUUGAGUACUGUAACACGCAAGUUGUGCACUUAUUCAAGUGA